AUGCCUAUCUUCGUUGGACACAACUCUAAUCGUAUUGUGAACGAGUCCAUGGCUCAAAUGGAGAAUUCUGAAGGAACACGAGUGGGGCGAAUGACAAGGUUUGCCUCGUUCAGAACACGGAUCACAGCACACAAGAUCGAGAACCCAGAUGUAGGGAGUCCUCUGUGGAAAUUCCUGGAAGACAACGACUCUAGCAAAGCUGCCUGGUGGUGGUCCAUCCUCUCUAUCUGCGUCAUUGCAAUCAACUCUGUAUCAUUCGUCGUGGAGAGCCAGCCCAACUUCUGCUGUGGUAACUACACCCUGAUCUGGGACAUCAUCAACUGGGUUUGCCUUGGAUUCUUCACGAUCGAGUACGGGCUUCGGUUCUAUUCGUGCCCGCUGUCGUAUGGCUUGACCGGACCAAGGAUGAGGGAAGCUGCUGUGUACGAUCAGAUGAAGGAAACUGGCAAGUACAAGAGUGCUAUUUUCUGGCAGUUCCUUGUGAGAUCGCGGAUUCGUUUCUUCCUGAAUUUUCAAAAUCUGAUCGACAUCACGGCAAUCCUUCCAUUCUACGUGCAGCUCAUGCUGACAAACCCCGGUCCUGGGCUGAGAUUUAUUAGAGUCAUACGUAUUGUGCGUAUCUUCCGACUGCUGAAGAUUGGCAAGUACUCCAAGGGACUGAAGCUCUUGAUGAACACGAUGAAGAAGAGCAUGAAAGCUCUGAGCUCCCUGGCUCUAGUGAUGAUACUCCUGGUUGUCAUCAUGUCAACGAUCAUAUGGAUGCUUGAGAGAGGGGUGUGGUGCGAUGAAAGCAACAAUUACUGCAGCGGAUCAGGAGUCGAUGAAGAAGGGAAUUUCACUGCUGGAUGGUAUUACUACGUAGGAGCGUUUCAAGGAUCGACGUACUCGGAGGGCUGCAGCACUGCUCCCUACUGCAGACAGCCGAGCAAGUUCACGAGCAUCUUCCCAUCAACUUACUGGACCCUCACAACCAUCACAACUACCGGGUACGGGGAUAUGUACCCUCACACCCCUACCGGGAAGGUGCUCGGUUGUAUCGUCAUGCUGGCGGGACUUUUGCUUCUUGCCCUGCCGGUCACGGUCAUCAGCGGCAACUUUGCAACGGAGUAUGCCUCGGAAGAGUUGAUCCGGCUGGUGAAGGAGGAGAAGAAGCAGAAACAGCUGGAGGAGAUUCAAAGAUGGGAGCAAGAGUUUGAUCAUUCCAUGAGCCAGGCGCCGGCAUCCUUCGCUCGGGGCAACCGCAUGCUCUCCAUGCCCGUAACUCCCACAUGUACAAGUUUGACGAAGACGUCUGUGGACCUGACUUGUCUCCCAGCAAACACCGCCUCUUUCGUCUCACCGUCCAAUGGCACGCACAACGAGGAUGAAUCUGCUGAAGAGAAUCUAGGAGAGAAUCAUCAUUCGAACGGCAGAGCACCCAUCAAGUCGCUCUCCAUGCCGACGGACCUGAUCCUCUCCGCGCCUUCACCAGAGCUGUAUGUCAUCGGCAAACGCUUUGGGGACGAAAGUGAUCCACAGGGUGCUUCUCUCCUCCCUCCUCCUCCUCCCAGAGUUCGACUCGGAAGCGUGGACUUCAGCGACCAGAUCAACGAGUUGAUGCGCCAGCAUCUCAACUUGCUCAUGGCAGAGCUCGAGGACCUGCUGGUCGAGAAAACCAAGGACAUAGUGUCGGCCGUGUUGGAGGAGGAGGCCAAGGCUGAGCCCUGA